AUGCAGUCGAUGAAGGAGACGGCGGCGAACAUCGGAGCGUCGGCCAAGUCCGGCAUGGAGAAAACCAAAGCCACCCUCCAAGAAAAGGCGGAGAAGAUGACGACGAGAGACCCGUUACAGAAAGAAAUGGCGGAGAGAAAGAAAGAGGAUAGGAUUACUGAGGCGGAGCUUAGAAAGCAGGAGGAGAUGAACCGUAACGCGGCGGCGAGGAGGUCCGAGACAUAUAGCCACUCGUCCACCGGCGAGCCAGUCGGAAUGCACCAUAUGUCGGCGUUGCCCGGACACGGGACCGGGGAGCCGGCUGGGCAGGUUGUGGAGGGGUGGUUCCUUCGCACCCGAUUGGUACGGCCACCGGCACCCAGCGCAGCUCCGCCGCCGACAACGCCCAAUCCGGGGCCGCCAUAA